UAACGCAGAGGGUGGCUAGAGCGUCACUCGCCUAGGCAGCUUCCUCUUCGCCAGGCCUCCUUCCCAACAUGGCGCAGUCGAUUAACAUCACGGAGCUGAAUCUGCCACAACUGGAAAUGCUCAAGAACCAGCUGGACCAGGAAGUGGAGUUUUUGUCCACGUCCAUUGCUCAGCUCAAGGUGGUACAGACCAAGUAUGUGGAAGCCAAGGACUGUCUGAAUGUGCUGAACAAGAGCAACGAGGGAAAAGAAUUACUGGUCCCACUGACGAGUUCUAUGUAUGUUCCCGGGAAGCUACAUGAUGUGGAGCAUGUACUUAUCGAUGUGGGAACCGGCUACUACGUGGAGAAGACAGCUGAGGAUGCCAAGGACUUCUUCAAAAGGAAGAUAGACUUUCUUACCAAACAGAUGGAGAAAAUCCAGCCAGCACUGCAGGAGAAGCAUGCCAUGAAACAGGCUGUCAUGGAAAUGAUGAGCCAGAAGAUUCAGCAGCUCACAGCCCUGGGGGCAACGCAGGCUACUGCCAAGGCAUGAGAACUGUGUUGCAGCAAUGAAGCAAAGAGGGACCAUUUUUCAAGGGGCCUGGGACUGUUUCCGGCAAUGGCCUCCUGGGAAAGUGGGCUGGGAAAGUGUCUGGGAAGAGAGGGUCUUGUGUUUAAUGUUAAUAAAUGUGCCAGCUGAGCA